UGCCGUAUCUUUCUUGAGCUUGGGCCAAAGUGUGAAUAUUUUCUUUUUGUUAUUUGGUGGCUAGGAUGUAAUGACAAAAACAAGAAGGCAAAAUCUACGGUACCUCAAUAAUUGAGAGGGUUUAGUACCCUCUUUUACACGUGGAACAACCAUCACCGUUAAUUUUAUAUUAAUAGAUAGUGAAGUUAGUGAUUUAGUUGAAAAAAAUAUCAGUACUCUGUAAUUUUUAAGAUAUUAGGUGGAACAACCAUCACCGUUAAUUUUAUAUUAAUAGAUAGUGAAGUUAGUGAUUUAGUUGAAAAAAACAUCAGUACUCUGUAAUUUUUAAGAUAUUAGAUGAAUCACAAUUGUUAAUCUAAAAAAAUAUAAAAUACCCUCUCAAGUUUAUGGGUACUGUAACAAGUACCAAACAAAAAAUAACUAAUUGUGAUUCUAAUAAUUUUUAAAAAGUUGAUAAAUAUUCAGGUGUUAUAAAUUUUAAAAAUAAUAAUUAAAUUAUAGUUUCUGCCAUUUAUUAAAAAAACAUUUUUAGGGGCUAUAGAGCUGAACUUGAGUACUUUUUUUCCCCAUUAUGUUGAACUUUAUAUUUCAUUGAUAGUGAGUUGUUUUACUUUUAAAAAAACUAAUAUGUAGAUUUUUUUAGUGUUUUUGCAUGAUAAAAUAAUUUUUAUGGUAUUUUGAAUUAUUGAUCAUGAUACAAAUCAAUUCACAAUUAAAAAAUUUGACCUUAUGAUUCAUGAUACAAAUCCCGAUUGUUCUUAGGAAGAAUUAUAUAAUGCUACACUAUUACAUGUUUUGAAUAUGGUUUGUUGAACAAAUAUAUUUUUUAUGCAUUUUUUGUGUCUGCAAACAGCCAGUGUUCUCAAGCUUUGAUCCCAAAAUUUUUGUAGAAAAAUAAGUUGGGGACAAUUUACUAUUUGCACCACAUUGUUGUGGUCUGUAACAUAUACAACAUGCUUGUGUUUUGGCCAUCCUUAAUUUUGUACUAUAUAUUUCUGGUUUUUGUUUCUAUAUCUGCUGCACUUAUUGACUUCUCAUCCUUAACUUUGCAGCUUUCAUUUUUGAAUUUGAGAAGUUCCAAUUGAUUCUGCUAUUUGGCAAUUUCACACCAAUUUUACCUUACUGGUCAAAAUCUUGUGAUAGAGAGAUUUGUGUAACACUGCAAACUCUCAUGGACCUUGUGCAUUUGAGUAAUGCCGUUUGAGUAACAUCAUCCUGAUUGCAGAAGUCCUUUGACAGGUGGACAUAUUAAGUGGUUGUUUGUAUUUGAAGUUUAAAUUAUUAAUUCAGGUUAUAUUCCUUGCACCAUAAAGAAACUUCCACCGAUCGGGUAUAUUGCUUUUCAAAUUGUUCUCAGAUGUCAGAAAUUGACUUGGCAGUUAUUAAACCUGAGAUGAUGAAGCCCUAUGUCUGGCUUCAGACUUCAGAUGAUUCAAUCCAACAAGUGGAACAAGAAAUUGCAAUGUUUUGCCCACUGAUAUGUCAAGAAAUAAUACAAAAAGGCAUGGGAUCUUCCAAGAAUUGUGCAAUAUGUCUUCCUCAACAAGUCAGUCCUGCCAUGUUGAGCUUAAUUCUUGAUUAUUGUCGAUUUCAUCAAGUACCAGGCCGCUCAAAUAAGGAACGGAAGUCUUAUGAUGAGAGAUUUGUUAGAAUAGAAACAGAGAAGCUCUGUGAGUUGACAUCUGCUGCAGACAGCCUUCAGUUAAAACCAUUGGUUGAUCUUACCAGUCGCGCACUUGCUCGAAUAAUUGAAGGAAAAACGCCAGAGGAGAUACGUGAGAUAUUUCAUUUGCCUGAUGAUCUUACAGAGGUGUCUGGUGCUUGAAGAGAAGUUGGAGCCCUUGAGAAAUAUAACUGCUGAUCCAAGGAUCAGGCUUUUGAACCGUUUGUAUGCUAAAAAGAGGAAGGAACUAAAAGAGCGUGAAAAGUUAAAGAAUGUUGAAGUUGAAGAAGAGCAUGUGGAUGAACGUUCGCUUGAUGACCUGUUAUCUUUUAUUAAUGGAAAUGAUGGAGAUCCAAAGGGGGUUAAAACUUCUAAGAAUAAAAAGAAGAACCGGAAGAAAAAAGAGCAACAGAAGAACUCUUUGGCGGAAGCAUCUGAACUGAACACAAAGGAGGUAAAUGGUCAUAAUAUCAGACACCAAAGUUCAGAAGCUGAUAGAAUUAGUGAGAUCUCAUAUUUACACCAUACAGAAGAUGACAGUUUUACUCCUAAGGUUGAGUUAAAUGAUGGUGAUAUAGAUGAUGAGAUUGGUCCUGCGUUAAAGGAAAAAAUUGACAGACACCAAAGUUCCGAAGCUGAUAGAAUUAGUGAGACUUCAUAUUUACACCAUUCAGAAGAUUAUGCUUUUACUUCUAAGUUUGACUUAAAUGAUGGAUGUAUAGAUGAUGAGAUUGAUCCUGCUCUAAAGGAAAAAAUUGACCGACACCGAAGUUCAGAAGCUGAUAGAAUUAGUGAGAUCUCUUAUUUACACCAUACAGAAGAUGACAAUAUAGAUGAUGGGAUUGAUCCUGCUUUGAAGGAAAAAAUUGAUAGGGAAGUGGAAGAUUUUGCCCGCAGAUUAAAUUCUGUCCGGCCGAAGAGAAUUCAAAAAUUUUUACCGUCAGGGCAAGAAAGUAAAACAGUGCUUUUUACUACAGACCAGAGUGGUUUUCUAAGGCGACAUGCUUGAAUUGUCUAAGGAUGGAAAUGCAUCUUCAUCAGAGGCUUAAACAAUUUUGAGAGAUGCUGACAGGCGCAAGAAAAGUGUUGCAUGUCAGUUGUUUUUCCCUUUGCAUUUAGUUUUAUUCUAUUCUUUGCUGUUCAUUUUUGGUGUACAAUUUUUUUUUGUCGAGGGUGUGUCUUGUACUUUUAGGUCAAAUAAAAAACAACUCUAACUUGUAUGGAAUAGUAUACAUUUUGUUUUUUGUGAUUUCGCAAUUUUGCAUUUUAUUUGUAUGGAAUGCAUUGUUUUUUUAUUUUUUCCGUGAGACAUUUAGCGUGGAAUUAAUCUUCACUGCAUUGCAUGUAAAUUUCGCAUACAUGAAAUUAUGUUUAUUGUGGGCU